UUUUGGGGAAAGCCAUAAAGAUGUUAUCGCUUUAAAUCACGCCGAAUCAGAGAGAGUUUAGAUGCAUUGCCUCAGGGGAUGAUUCACAAGUGGCUGUCAAAGAAAUGACUCGUGACAGCAAAUUAUGAGCGGCCUCUAGAGAAGGAAAAAUGAUAUUCGCUUGUGGUUACACGCAAAGCCACUGAGAGACGCAGCAUCUAAACAGAACCAAAAAUCUGUUCGCGGCGGAUAUCGCAGCCAUAAAAGUUGUUUUGACGAUUGCGUCCACUUUUAAGUGGAUUUAGCACAUAAGACUUGUGUCAUUUAGAUAUCUUCCUCCCCAAUGCCUGCAAAUUAAGAACUGAAGGGAUAUAUUCAAAAUGAUCUGGAUUACACAAGAGAAGAACUGGUCGAUUGUGGUCUUCAUUGUGGUCGCGUGCUUUUCAUUUGGAAUCACAAACCUUUCUGCUACAAUAAUCGUUGAAACGCAGUAUGGCGAAAUUAUCGGCAAAACGACACAGUUUUUGGAUGAAAACGACGGAUUUCAAACCGUUUAUUCAUUUCUUGGAGUUCCUUUCGCCUCGCCGCCAGUGAAUGAACUUCGGUUUGAACCUCCCCAACGCCCAGCUGCAUGGAAGCCUCAAACAUAUAAUGCAACCUUUUUCAGGAACGUUUGCCCACAAAAGAAUUUUUCUUACUUUGAAAAAUCAAUUCGCAACGUUUGGCCAGAAUUUUCGUGGGAAAAUGACUCAAAUGAAGACUGCCUGUAUUUGAAUAUUUUCACUCCAGGAAAUAAGCCAUCAAAUGCGGGUCAUUUUCAUCCGGUUAUAAUGUUUAUUCACGGAGGGAGUUAUGCAUUUGGGACAACUGCCCGUCAUACCACGCCCGGAGAGGUACUACCCCGCUUGGGCGUUGUCCUAGUCACGAUCCAGUACCGCCUCGGUCCAUUUGGCUUUAUGACUGCUGGUGAUGGCGUUGCGCGCGGAAACUGGGGCAUGUUAGAUCAAGUAGAGGCCCUAAAGUGGAUAAAAGAAAACAUCGAGGUAUUUGGUGGAGACCCGAACAGAGUGACCAUAUUAGGGGUGAGCUCCGGUGGGGCCAGUGUUGGCCUACACAUCUUGUCCCCACUGUCAGAGGGGCUUUUUCAUCGAGCUAUAACCGAGAGUGGCGUGGAAUUUUCACCAUUUGCUUUUAAUUCGGUGAAAAAAGCCAUCGACAAGACGAACAUCACUGCGGGGAAACUUAGCUGUGAUACGACCAGUAGUAAAAGAAUGAUGGACUGUCUUCGAAGCAAAAGCGCUCAGAGUAUCAUCGACAAAUUUGAUUGGCGAAACACGGGGCCCAUCAUCGACAGGUAUUUUAUUUAUGAUACACCCAAAAAUCUUCGCCGGUCUGGCAAAUUCAACAAGGUUCCCCUUAUAAGUGGCUUUAACAGCCAUGAAGGAGCGCACAAUACCCCCCAGGAAUUUCAUCCUCCAAGAGAUAUUACGACUUCUGUCCUGAGAGAAUUUAUCAACAACUUCGUGGAAAAUCAUAUACUGCAGGACAACAACAAAACCGCUGUGAUCAUUGAAGACGCAAUUGAAUUCCAGUACACUCCAUGGAGUAAAACGCCUGACUCACCCUCCCUCCGUCAAGAAAUCGUCAACAUUAUGUCAGACUACUACGUAGCAGCUCCCACUCUGGGGGUGUUGGGGAUCCAUAGCGCGCUUGCUCCCACUUACAUGUUUGAGUUCAACCACAGGUCUGCAGAAAGCGAUACAGAUGCCUGGAUGGGGGUAGCACAUGGAGAAAACACGCCCUACGUGUUUGGUGCGCCAUUUCUGAACAGUACUGCGUUGAAUUUCACAAAUGAAGAUCGGAAUAUAAGUCGCUUAAUCAUGACGCUUUAUGCGAACUUUGCCAAGUACGGGAACCCAACACCUCACCGGGUACAUGGGGUCAUCUGGGACAGGUUCAACACCGCUAGUAAGUUGUACUUACGUAUUAAUAACAGAUCUCAAAUGGGAGCUUACUACGAAUCGCGUAGAAUGGCGUUUUGGAACAACUACUACCCAAAGAUACUGAACCUAACAAAACCAGAAUCGCUUACGAAACACAGCGGGGAUACGGAUAACCCGAGAAACUAUACCACAUGCUCAAACAUCGGUGUCAAACUAUUCUUGAACACAGGCUUCCUCGGUUUUCUUUCAUCUGUACUUCUUGUGUUGCCAGAUGUCUUUAUCUGAUUUUGAAAUUCUGUAGUAAUCAACCGCAAGGUGAAACAGAAUUAUUCAUUUACUGAAAAGCGGUUGGGGUUUAUCUUCUCAAGGGCAACGAGUUUGCAGGACACUUCAUCGUCAAAAGCUACUCCUAAUGGCUCUUGAAGAGCCAAAUUUUAAUUGAGUUUUCUUUAUUUGGAACUGAGCAGAGCUAAAACCAGAAGUCACUGAACUGUAAAAUGCUGGGAAUACUGGAAGGAGAGCAAGCGAUGCGCAUUGUUAUAUACGGAAAUAUAAACAAUUUAUCCCACCAAUUUUGAGAAAUUUCCACCCUUGAUGCCUGUAUUUGACAUCGGAUACAUUUUCCUGCCUGUAUAAUCCUAGUGAUCUCUGGGAAAGCCUUAAAUUCUUUUCACGAAAAUACUUGAUAGUUUAUCAAAAUAUAUACCGGGAGCAUUUAUCUCCGAAGGAAAUACCGUGCCUCAACGUGUUUUCCUUCUAACCGGCUGUAUUUGUGGCUUCGCCUAAAUUUAAAUUUCGAUGUUGUUAAUAGUACGUAUAUGUAACCUGAAUUUUUAAGGAAAGAGCUUUCUGAUGGAGUUUUAAUAGUUGAACCGUAUUAUUACUUUUUGAUCUUAAUUAUAGAUCUUUUUAUGAAAAACUGAAAUGUUUAGAGACUGACAACGUAUUAUUAUCAGUGCUGUUAUUAUCAAGUUCAAUUAAAAUGUUACUCAAAUGCUAAACACAAGAAAUCCUCACUUUAAAUUAGUAUUUCUCAAAACCAAUAUACAAACUAAACAAAAUAAAUGUUUCCGCGGACAAACAUAUCACAUUCAAUUUCGCGCACUUAGUUUCUCCUCCACUACUUUUUUCCUCUCUUCUUGCUCUGAGCUUUUUUUUCCUGCUUAGCGCGAUCAUUAAAUACCUACGCGGACGAUUUCUUACAAAUUAAAGUCAAAUUAUGCGCUGAAUAAACGCGGAUUGAGUUGACAAGAAUACAUUCUACAAAAAUAUUGGAAACGCUAUUAGAAAUGAAUUAAAUAUGAAGGCUAAAGGCACCAAUAUUAAGUUAUUGUGUGCGCGAUCUGCUCUUUCGCCCUAUAUCAACACUUGCAAUUUCAUCCUAAUUUGUGUUCAUCGUU